AUGCCUGCCACUGCUAUGUUUUCAAAAUUUAAAAGUAGUGGUCAAACGCAGUGUCCGACUGAAACGAACCCUAUUGGACAAUUUUUCGAAAUUGGGAAGCAAGUCGCCAGCGCCGGUCCUGAACUAGUUUGGAAAAUACAUGACGCGUAUAGAAAAAGUGACGGAAAGGAAUGUUCAGUCUUCAUAUUCGAAAAACGUUGCGCGGAAAAACUCCACAAACCGAAACGGAAAGAAACGGUUACCGAAAUCCUUAGAGGCAGCGUCAGACAAUUGGAAAGGUAUCGUCACCCAAAAAUCCUUCAUGUUCUGCACGCUAUUGAAGAAUGUGCUGAGACGUUGGCGUUUGCAACUGAACCAGUAUACGCUAGUUUGGCUAAUAUUUUGGCAUAUCAAGAAAGUACAAUCAAUCAUGGUGGAAUACAUCAAGGUAUCGGGCACGGGCAGCAAACUCAACAGCGACCUGCAAAUGCUAGAGAGUAUAAUUUUUUGGAUUUGGAGUAUAAGUAUGGUAUACUACAGAUAACAGAGGCACUUUCGUUUUUACAUUAUUCAGGACACAUGCUACACAGAAAUGUUUGCCCCGGGAGUAUUUUAAUUACUAAGAGAGGAACUUGGAAAUUAGCAGGUUUGGAAUUUAUAGAACGUGUUAAUGACGUUGAUGGAGUAGAACCAAUUCCCUGUCAACCGUGGACAUCAAGGCUUCCGAAAAUGGCACAACCAAAUUUAGAUUUUACAGCUCCUGAAACGCAAACACAAUCAAUCUGUAGUAUAUUAAGUGACAUGUAUUCCUUAGGAAUGGUAAUAUGUGCCAUUUUCAAUAACGGUCGGCCGCUUAUACAAGCCAACAACUCCACCUCAGCAUAUCUCAAACAAAUGGAACUUCUCGACGACCAAGUGCGCAAUUUGAUACCAAGAAUACCAGUGCCCCUUCAAGAGGCAACUACGAGGCUAGUUAGUAAGGAUACUCGACAACGACCAACAGCACAACUACUCACAUUAAUAAAGUAUUUCAGUGAUCCGGCUUUACAUGCACUUCAGUUUCUUGACGUCAUUAAUAUGAAAGAUCCAACACAGAAGUCUCAUUUUUACAGGAUAGCACUCAAAGAUGCGUUACCUUACAUUCCAAAGAAAAUGUGGUAUCAAACCGUAUGGCCUUGUUUGCAACAGGAAAUGCGAACUCAAGAAGUAUUGGCAGCAGUGCUGCAAUCCGUAUUAUAUUUUGUUCAGGAAGCUUCAACUGAUGAAUACAAGUCCAUUAUUCUUCCGUCCUUAAGAAACGUAUUUUCGGCACCAAAAACAGUACAGGCCACUGUUACGCUUCUAGAAAAUCUGCAUGUAAUUUUAGAAAAAACUCCAAGAGAGGAAAUUCGGACUGAGAUCUUACCAAUGCUGUACAACGCUUUUGAAAGUACAACAAUACAAGUACAGAGUGCUGCGUUAUUGGCAGUGACAAAUGUCGUUGAUUAUCUAGACGACUCUGCAAUAAGAAGAAUGAUUUUACCGAAAACAAAAGCAAUAUACGAGAAAAAUCAAACGGAUUCAAAGUUGGUGUCGAACGUGCUUUGCUGCGUAGAGAGAAUAUUGGACAGAUUGGACAAAUCGCAAAUUAUCGAUGAAGUUCUUCCGCUUCUUUACGAAAUAAGACUAUCCGACCCACAAAUAACUCUAAGAGUUGUUCAUAUCUACAGGCUGAUGUUGACCGACAAAAAAUACGGUCUUUCAGUUAACUUAAUGGCUACCAAAGUGAUGCCUUCGUUGUUACCACAAACAGUAAACCCCUCACUAAACUUGGAGCAAUUCACGAUAUUAUUAGAAGUGCUACAAGAAAUGUUAGAUCAGAUUGAUCGUAAUCAAAGAAACAAGCUCAAACUAGACAAUCUGUCACUGCCUAGUCCCGAACGACAUAGACCACUCAGACAUCAAUAUAGUUCAGAUAACAUGCACGUACCACCUUUCAACAUACCGAAUUUGAGGAUUGAGCAGAGAAAGACUUCCAGCGCCGAAGAUAUGGCACGGAAAAAUUCCACAGGAGGAGUGUUGGGAAGCUGGUGGUUUGGUGGUAGUCCGUCAUCACCAGAUAGUAACUUCCUACGGGUAGUCAACGCUUUUCCUAAUAGAAGACUGUCAGAUAAUACUCUGAUGACACCGAAAAUCAGAGUGGCGCCUUCGUGUGCGUCUUCUCCGGGAGGUACACCGGGCGGUGGGCUUCCCAUAAGGAGGCAUUCUAGUAUAGGUCCACAAGAACGAAGAGGAUCCACUGUCAAUCUUUCACCACCAACGGGAACUAUUGGGUACAACUCAUACCGAGAUGGCUCAAGUCUUUCUGUGCCAUCCUCAUACCUUGCACGGAGCAUGAUAGGAGGUUCAAUGCCUAACACAAGCAGCAGCGUACCGUUUCUCGUGAGUAGCAGCAUGCAAAGUAUCCGUUCUAGAAGACCUUCGGCCGUAUUUGGGGGCUCGCAGGGCUCUCAAGGGCUACUCCAACAGCUGGGCUCAGGCAUGGUAAGACUCACCUCCUCUUCACAACAACCGAUCAACAGCCGAACAAUGUCUAGUAGCUCUGUUAGGAAAUGCCCCUCAUUGAAUAUAACAUUUAGCUGAACGUACGUACGUAUGACCGAACACUUACGAUGAAUCAAAUCAGAUCAUGUCCCCAGACAUCAUGAUGAAUAUAGUGAGGGUUUUUGAGUGGCGGCGUUGGUAUGUCAAAUGAAAUUAUAUUGAAAAAAUUUAUGGUACAAGUAUACAAUAACAUGAUUAAUUUUGAAGUAAACCGUUUAAUGAUUGAUUUGAAUUAUUUUCAGGUCUGCAUUUAUAAACCAGAUUGCGUGAAUAUUGUUCACAAAUCAUAGUUACGUUGAUUAACACUAAUUAAUGUUAAAGGAAGCUUACAAAUUUAUGAGACAAUAUUCAAGGGCUUAUUACCUGUACCAAUUUAUUAUGGAAUUUUCCCUACAAGGUUGUGAAUCCAUAUUUUUAGCAUAGACUAUACCAAUAUUAUCAAAUAGUGCAAAAAUAUUUAAAAGGGUGGAAUAUCAUAACACAAUAGUAUGCGUAUAAUCAUAAUAUAGGUUUUCAAUGACGCAAAAUGAAAACCAACCGCAACCUACUGGUGAAACGAUAUAGGAGUAUAGUUCAAAUGACGAGUAUUCUUUCAAUUCAGUCUCCUUUCAGUUACAUACACUUGACUCUAGCUUCAAUCAAAUUUCUACUAGUGAAUAUUCCAAGUUUGAGAAUAAAAAAAAUCACUAGGAUCUUAUCUGGAAGAUACGAUAUAUGAAACAGUAGUUAUUACCCCAAGUCAUUGACAUUCUUGGAGUAGUUGAUGUGGAUUACAUCUUGUGGAUGCUAAAAAGCCUAUAGGACAGUCUUAGUCUUCUUUGAAGCACGUUUUCUGGUACACUCCCACUGUUUUAACUGUUUUUGUUCUUUGAUGUGUAACCUUGGAGCCAUGUGUCCACUACUUUCAUGAAACGAUGUAAAAACUCCUUCGGAUUGUACUGUAGUGAUUUUAUGGCGUCUACAACCUUUCCAUGACCAAAUUUUCUUGCAGAAUAUGACCCCAGCGACCUUCUGAAAUGCCUAUUGCUUCAGAUAUCUCGCGCUUCUUCAAUGGGUGCUCUGUUAAUAUGAGAUCUUUGAUUAUUUGUGGUAGCCGUUUCCAAGACACCUGGAUGCUGCUAAUCGGACGUACGACUACGUUGAAACUCUUUAAACCAAUCUUUCACGGUCAAUAUUGAAGAAAAAUCACCUUAUACUGAUCCAAACGCUUUUUUAUUUUCAUUUUGAAAACAAAAAUCUCAUUCCAUCAUCUUAUAUGGGAUUAAAACAGAACUAAAACUCCAACCUGGUUGAAUUUCAAUAAAUCAAGUACAUAUCAAACUGCAUUCGUAAAAUUGAACGAUUUCUUUCAGAUUCAGAUUUCUUUAUAAUCGUCUUAUAGCUCCUAGUACAGCAAACGGCACCUAUUGGUUAAUUGUGUUAAAACUAACUUGCGUCGGUCUGUGAAUUUCGUCCAAUUUUGUUGACGAGGCCUCUCCACUUACCUUUGUUUUUGGCUAUUUCUGUAGCUUCUUUCUAUGUUAAAAUCAUCUGUUGCAGUUCUUUCUCGAUAGCUCUUCUCAAUGCUCGUACAGGUCUACCUCUUUUUCUUCUGUCUGUGGUAUUAUAAUUAAAUGCUUGCCUGUCUAUGUUCACAUAGUAUAUGACCAAAUCAUCUCCAUUUCAGUUUCGUAAUCGUAACGUCCAUUUUCUUUUCUUCAGUUAUGUUCCAGAGGUGUCAAUUAUUUAUCAUAAUUGGCCAAAAAAAUUUGCUGAUAACUCGAUCACACCAGCUAAUGAUCGUUCGAAUUG